ACACGGGAGGACAGCAGCGAUGCCGGCAGCCCCUCUGCCUGCCCGGUCAGGCCACCAACCCCAAGCCUUUCUGCACUCUGAAGAUUGAGGCGAGAGAGGCCAAGGAAGGCGCCCCACGCGUGCUGCUCCGUGGGCACAGGCGGCCGGACUCCAGCCAGCCACACGCCCAGAAAGGCUAACAGCAGAUCCACGCACGGCCCAGCAACAGGGACCAGAAUCCCCAACAGCUCCCCAGAGGACGGAAGAGCACUCGGCGCCCUCGGACGCACAGGGUGAGCACACUCGGGUCUGACAGAGCACAGCCGCAGCAUAGGGAGAAGGCAGACGUCAGCGGUGCUGCGGGUCUGGGAGCUGGCGCGGUCGGGCAGCACACGGAAUGCCAACGGAGCUGGGGAAGGCAGCACUCUCAGACCCCCAGCGAGGAAUCCGUGACAUCACUAAAGUCCCACUUGCUGUGGUGUAGCGGGUAAAGCCGCUGCCUGCAGUGCCAGCGUCACACGAGGGCGCCGGUUUGAGUCCUGGCUGCUCCACUUCUGAUCCAGCUCCCUGCUAAGGCCUGGGAAAGCAGCGGAAGAUGGCCCAACUCCUUGGGCCCCUGCAUCCGUGUAAGAGACCCGGAAGAAGCUCCUGGCUUUGGACUGGCACAGCUCCUGCUGUUGUGGUCAUUCGGGGACUGAACUCUCUCCCUGCCUGUCACUCUGCCUUUCAAAUAAAUAAAAAAUUUUUUAAGUCCCAUUUGCAAGAGCUACCAAAAAAACCCUAGGAAUUCAUUUAACCAAGGAAUUUUUGGCCCCCGAUUCAGCCUGGCUGGCCCUACAUGUUGUGGGCAUUUAGGAGGUGAACCUAAAUGGACAGCUCACCCCACCCCAACGCUGUCACUUCAUUUGCAAUAAACCAUAGUUUUUAAAAACUGAUUCACAGGAUGCACAGAUGACCAAAACAACGAAGCUGAAGGCCUCACGGCACCUGAUUUGAAGACGACAGAGCUACUGGGGUGCUUCCAAAAUUCCAUGGGGAAAUACAAGCAAAAGGUGUUGUUUUGUUUGCUACAAAAGUGAACUCCAUGCAGAGUUACAGAGAAAGAUGAGACAUCUUCAUCUGCAGGUUUAAUCCCCAAAUGGCACAAUGACCGGGGUGCAGCCAGGCUGGAGCCUGGAACUGCCUCCGGUCUGCCCCAUGGGUGCAGGGGUCCCAGGACUUGGGCCAUCUGCUGCUGCUUUCCCAGGUGCACUAGCAGGGAGCUGGAUCGGAAGUGGAGCAGCUGGGGACUCCAGUGCCCAUAAGGGACGCCAGCGUUGCAGAGACUACCUGCCACGCCACAGUGCUGGCCACCCAUGCGGCCUUUCAUGUGACCUGUUUUCCCUGAACUUUUUGAGGAUGCCCAGUAGAGUAACCAAAACGGCAUCUGUGCCCUGCAGCUGACAGGUCCCAAAGACAAUGGUGACAGGACAGCGGGGGUAAGUGGGCCUCCUUGUGCAGAGCACGUGCCCCUCACAAAUAAACAGAUCCAGCCCUGAAACUGCCCAUCAAAACGGGAGCACCAAGACAGGCAGGGUAAGCACUCAUCUGGGUAAGACUGCAGAAGCAAAACCAGACUAAGGACUGUGUCAAACUAAGCCCUGCACAGUAGGGAAACCAAACGAAGAGAACAGACUGGGAGAGAAGGUGUGCAAACCACUCACAGGGCAGAGGACCAGCGUCCAGAACGUGCCGAGCUGUCGCUGUGGCGUAGCAGAAGAGCUGCCAUCGGCAGAGCCAGCGUCCCAUGUGGGCGCUGCUUCAAGUCCUGGCUGCUCCACCUCCAAUCCAGCUCCCUGCUAGUGCACAUGGGAAAACAGCGUUAGAUGACCCAAGUACUUGGGGCCCCGCACCCACGUGGGAGACCAGAGGAAGCGCCUGGCUCCUGGCUUCAGAUUGGCCCAGCUCUGGCCGUUACAGCCAUUUGGGGAGUAAACCAGCAGAUAGAACACACCUCUCUCUGUAACACUGCCUUUCAAAUAAAUCUUCAAAAAGGAAAAAAAAAAAUCCAGAAUAUGUAAGGAAUUCAACAACAAAAGGUUCAAAAAGGAAAAGAUGGUAACAGACAUCUCACAAGGAGAGACGUCCAACACAUGCAUGAAAACGCACCCACAUGACUGGUGUCAGGGAAAUGCCAGUCAAUACCGUGGACUACUGGGGCCAGUGCUAUGGCAUAGUGGGUAAAGUUGCUGCCUGCAGUGCCGGCAUCCCGUGUGGGUACGAGUUCUAGUCCUGGCUGCUCCACUUCCCAUCCAGUUCUCCGCUAUGACCUGGGAAGGCAGUGGAAGAUGGGCCAAGUCCUUGGGCCCUGCACCUGCAUGGGAGACCUGGAAAAGGCUCCUGGCUCCAUAUUGGUGCAGCUCCAGCCAUCUGGGGAGUGAACCAGUGGAUGGAACUGGUUAAAUAUCCAAAGCAAAUGGAGUUAGCACACCAGAGAUUUCUGCACGUCCAUGUUGAAUGCAGUCCGAAUCCUAACAGCUAAGACCCGGAGUCGGCCUAAGUGUCCAGCACCCAGCACAGGCCUGACCAAGAGUGUUGCCUACCAUUUGCAGCAAACGGGUCAACGAGAACGCUAUGUUGACAGGCGCAGAAGGAUGAUACCAACUGGGACUGCCAAAGAAGCUCCAGCAACGCUUUCGCGAAGGUGGUCCCUCAGCCCCCAGACACAGCCCUGGGCCAAAGCCAGGGAGAGGGGCUGUUUCACAGUUCUGUGUGCCAGGGAACCCAAGAACUGCCAUCAGAUUCUCGCCCAUGAUGAACAGAAAACUCUGCAAACCAGCGCGCGGAUGAGGCGCAAAACCAAGAGUCAGACUUUGGCUGACCAGUGGUUCAGAAAGACAGGAGAUCCCCACUUCCACACACGGCCGCUAAGCAGCGAGCGAGCCACUGCACACGCUGACGACCGGCAGUGCUUGGCAAAGGGGAGCAGACCAGGCGGGCGCAGCCCCGGCUGACCGCCUGCAGGAGCUUCCAGGACAAGCAGAGACACAAACCCAAAGCCGGCGGUGGCACAGGGCUGGGCGGAGAGACCAGCACGCAGGAAGGCCAAGGCCAGUGGGGCUCGAAGCAGAGCACUAGAGGGGACGCAAGUCCUUGGGCCCCGGCACCCACACGGGAGACCCAGAAGAAGCUCCUGGCUCCUGGCUGCGGACCGGCCCAGCCCUGGCCAUUGCAGGCAUUUGAAGAGUGAAUUAGUGAACGGAAGACCUCUCUAACUUUCAAAUGUAGAAAUCUUUACAAAGAAAAAAGAAGUCUGUCUGGGGCGAGUGUUGCGGCGCAGGUUACACGGCUGCUGCAGGGCUGGCUUCCCACACCAGCGCCAGUUCAAGUCCCAGCUGCCCCGCGCUUCCUGCUGAGCCUGGAAGACAGUGGAGAUGGCCCAAGGCCUGGACCUCUGCCAUGCAUCUGGGAGCCCAGAUGGACUUCCAGGCUCCUGGCUGCAGCCUGGCCCAGACCUAGUACUCUGCCCAUCUGGGACGUGAACCAGCAGACGCAAGACCUCUGUCUGCCUUCUCCACCUUUCAAAUAACUAUUUGAAAAUAACUUUUUAGAAGAUACAUUAAAAGUGUAGUAAGAUAAAUGCAGGUGGAAAAGACUUUUAAGCUAAAAAAAUAAAUAAUUGCCAGCAGGGCUGCCCUGUAGAACGGCACGUGGGCUUCAGGAGGAAAAUACCAGAUGCAAAUGUGGACCUGCGAGGAGGAGUGAGCAGCCCAGAGACCGUCAGGAUGCCCACCCCUCGUCCUUUACCGACACUGCUGACUGCCUGAGGUCACUGUGCGGUGUAUUACGUCUCCUGUGGCGCUGUUCCGCUGCCUCCAGGAAGGGCGCCGUGUCCCUGGACGGCGCACUGCCACAGCCACGUGCCUGAGCCCUGCAGCACGCACUCUACACACGGCAGAGCACAGCCACAAAGCCCGCGCACCCCGACGUGGGCACCGAGAGGCAACGGCAGAGCCGGCAACAGCCAGGAACAGAAGGGAACGUGGGGCAGCUGGCAGCGACCGCACAGGCCAAGCCCGCUUCCCGGCGACGUGCCAGAGGCUGGUUUCCCUAUAGAAGCCAGUCCCCACCUGAGCGGGCGUUUGGGGAGUGAGCCAACAGAUCUGACUUCCAAAUCAACACCAGGGUGAGGGGAGAAUCCAGACGCUGACCGAUGCUGAGGCUGAGGGGGCCUCAGAGCCUCGUCUUCCUGCUGUUAAACACAGCAGGAGGAGGUGAGGAAACUUGGCUUCUCUAAGUCCCAUUUCCUGUGGGAGGCCGGACUCACCUGGGACGCUGCUGGACUAGUCUUGGGCCCCACCUUCCAACAGCCGGGCGGGGCUGUGGCGAGGCUGUGAAGCUGUGCACCCCGAGUCCGCUGCAGCCCCUGGGGGCCCCCACACUCCCUGUGAGCAGAGCGAUGCGAGCUCAGGUCCCGAGGUACAGGACACACGGAGCUGCACAGGCAAGCAUGGUAACAUGGAGGGAAGGUGAUCCGUGCAACACAGAAUUUUCCAGAAUGAGGGACCCGGGCGUAUCUUGAGGCUGAAGGCAGACGCUGUCAGAAAGAGGCUGAGAGCUAGGCUGCAGCAGACCAGGGAGGAGCCCUGGGGGAGACGCCUGGGCCAGGAGGAGGGGAGACCUUGGAGGGACACCCAGAUUCCAUGGCAUGGCCUGUGCAGCCUAGCACAGGAGGCACACGCCGGGCUGCUGCUCGGGUGAGAAGGGGCCAGUCCACACUGAACGAGCCGUGAGCUAAAACCCACACCAGGUGUCAGAGACUCCAUAUUUUUAAAAAGUCGAUACACGGCAGGUCAGCUGCUACCUGGGGCCCCCACGUCCCAGGUCGGAGCGCCGGUUCAAGCUGUUGGCUUCUGAUGCCGCUCCCUGCUAAUGCACCUGGGAAGUAGCGCAAGACGGCAAGUGCGUGAGUUCCUGCCACCCCCUGGGGGACCAGGAUGGAGUUCCAGGCUCCAGGCUUCGGCCUGGCCCAGCACCAGCCUUUGUGGGCAUUUGGAGAGUGAACCACUGGAUGGCUGCUGAGCCAUGCUCUCCGCGGGGACCGCCUGCAGCCUGCUGCUCCUCAGCGUGCUCUGGGUGGACGUGGCCAUGGCCGGCUCCAGCUUCCUGAGCCCCGAGCACCAGAAGGCCCAGCAGAGAAAGGACGCCAAGAAACCACCUGCGAGGCUGCAGCCACGCGCGGAAGACAACGGGCAGGAGGAGGCGGAGGACCAGCUACAGAUCCGGUUCAGCGCCCCCUUUGAUGUGGGAAUCCAGCUGUCGGGGGCUCAGUACCAGCAGCACGGCCGGGCCCUGGGCAAGAUCCUUCAGGACAUCCUUCGAGAAGAGACCAAAGGUGAGCUCUCGCCCGGGUCCCAGCCGCAGGCCCUUCCUCCCCUGCCACCUCUGUGGGCAGCUGAGUGUGGCUUCGAGCUGGGCUGCUGCCCUCGGAGGACAGCAGGCUCCAGGACCAGGCUCCAUCUCCUUAACGGUAAAGGAAGCAGACAAGGUUACCUGGUGCGCAGUCGCGUCUGUGAGGUGUGCGAGGGGCCUUCGAAGGCUCCCGGCAAACAGGCAGGCCCUCCCUCUAGUUCUACCUUCCGCAGACGCUUCCACGGCACGGCCAUGCGCUCAGAGUGGGCCCCUCGCCGCGGGCGCCGGGCUUGUCCAGCCGUGCUGACAGAGCACCACACCCCUCACCCACCCUGGGCUUCACUCCGCAAACGCCUGCUACAGGCAAGGCUGGGCUGAGCCAGCAGCCAGGCGCGCUCGGUCCUCCACACGAGGGGAGGAAGUGGGGCCUGGGCCAUCACCGGCUCCUCUCGAGGCGCACCAGCAGGGAGCCGAGCCAGGCUCUGCGGUGCAGUGCAGGCACCUCAAGCAGCGACCGCACACGCCCAGCCUAGGCGUUGGCUCCGACCUGCAUCCUUUCGUGUCUCAUGAAGACACCACCAAGCCUCUGGCUUCUGCCUGGCCCAGGCCGGCUGCUCCGAGCUUCCAGGGAGCAGUAAAUCACCAGAUCAAAGCUCUCUCCUGUCUCUAUUUUUCAGAUAAAUAGAAUAAGACAGAAUAAAAGAAACCCAAAACCAAACAGGCCUGCCUCUGGAAGCAUCACCAGCCCACCGCUCCCCACACCCAGGCUGAGGCAGGGCCCAGGUCCCCACACCCAGGCUGAGGCAGGGCCCAGGUCCCCACACCCAGGCUGAGGCAGGGCCCGGCGAGGGGGGGCUCACACCCAGGCUGAGGCAGGCAGGGCCCACUACUCCUCACACCCAAGCUGAGGCAGGGCCCGGGAGCCCCACACCCAGGCUGAGGCAGGGCCCGGGGGCCCCACACCCAGGCUGAGGCAGGGCCCGGCGGGGGGGGGCUCACACCCAGGCUGAGGCAGGCAGGGCCCACUACUCCUCACACCCAGGCUGAGGCAGGGCCUGGGGGCCCCACACCCAGGCUGAGGCAGGGCCCGGGGUCCCGCUGUCCACUGCACACAUCUUCCCCUCCGGGGCCACACCCACCCCGGGGAAGAAGAGCCACCUCCCAUAGCGCUGGCAGCACGGCAGGCCCGAAUUCUGAGCUGGCCUCUUGCUUCGCAGAGGCCUCGGCUGACCAGUGAUGCCGCGUGACCGGCCCACCUCGUGCCCCGCCCGGCUGGGAAGCCCUGACCUGGCUUUCAGAGGCUUCCGCCACACCCCCCACUGCUGUCCCGGCUCAGGAGGCAAAUAAACAUUCCGAUUUUCAAACCU